AGCGAGGGACGAAGCAGGGAGGGCGGGGAGGAGAGCUGGAGAGCGACUGAGGAGCUGGGGCGGGUCGAGCGUUUCGUCGAGGAAAAUGGAAGUGGACAUUAAGCGAUUGUAGAUGCGGGUGCUGGUACUAGCUGGGCUGGGCCGGGGUCGGAGAUUCAGCUAGGCCUGCCUGCCUGCCUGCAUCCUCGAGAAGAUGGAUCAGGUGUUCGCGCAGAUUCGAUCGGAUCUGUCAUCCAACGAUGGGCUCCGACAGGCGCAAGCGUUGCUAGCAGCGCUGCAGUAUUCCGCUGCCGGGAAGGAUAUCUCAUCGCUGUCUCGGAUUGCCUGCGAGGAGAUCAUUGCCAGUCCUGCCAGCGCCGUGUGUAAGAAGCUCGCGUUCGAUUUGAUCAGAUCCACUCGUCUGACCGCGGAUCAGUGGGAGAUUGUGUGCAGGGGCGUGAAGAACGACUUCGAUUUUCAGGACUCGGACGUCACGGCAGCUGCCGUGUCCAUCGUCGCCGCAAUACCUUCGUGGCGCCUAGGGAAGCUGAUAAUAGAUUGUAGUAAGGAGAUUUCCAACUGUUUGGUGGACAAUAAUCCGAACCUCAGGUACAAUAUUGUGGAGACUUUGGGAUGUUUGCUGGCUCGGGACGAUGUGGUAACUCUUUGCGAGUCGAAUGUGACGCUUUUGGAGCGAGUGUCGACAUGGUGGAAGCAAAUAGGGCAGAGUAUGCUGGAUGCGUCGGAUGCUGUAUCGAAGGUUGCCUUUGAAGGUGUAGGCAGGCUGUUCACAGAGUUUUCGACCAAAAGGCUGAGUCGCUUGGCAGGGGACAAGUUGAUACCUAGCGAAGCUUCUCUAGCUAUUCGAUCGGCAUGGGUUUCUGCAAUGUGCAGGUUUGUUUGGGAGAAGCGGGACUUUUUGAUGGCAAGAUCGCUGAUUUUGCCAGUCGAGAACUUCCGUGCCACAGUUUCUCCCCUCGUGUUCGCUGUGAAAGCAGUGACUACUGGGAUGGUGGAAGAAAUGCAGGCCAUUACUGGACAGCAGGGGAGUCCGAGAAGCCCUCUGGAAGAAAGGGACUUCGUGAACGCGGAGAGGAUUUUGGGUGUUUCGGAUCUGGUCUCCCAUUUGGUGCCAUUUCUCUCGUCUCUGGACCCCGCCCUGGUGUUCGAGGUUGGCAUCAAUUUGCUCAGCUUAGCCGAUGUUCCUGGUGGGAAGCCCGAGUGGGCAUCUGCUCCAAUCAUGGCUCUUCUCAAUCUCUGGGACAGGCAAGAAUUUCGAGCAGGAAGGGAGAGUAUUGUCCGUGCAGUGGUUAAAAAUCUGCAACUGUUGGACCUUCAUAUGCAGGUGGCAUUGUUCAAGAGAUUGCUCGUCAUGGUGAGGAACUUGAGAGUGGACGCAGAUCGAAUGCACGCCUUGGCUUGCAUCUGCCGUACAGCGCUCUGCGUGGAUCUUUUCUCCAAAGAGAGUGUCAGGAGGGGACAGAAACCUCUACCUGGGACGGAUGUCACUUCCCUUUUUGAGGACCCUAUGACGAAAGAAGACUUGGCCAAUGUGAGCUCGAAUAGUCUGUUCAGAGAAGAGCUGGUUGCUUGCCUCGUAGAAAGUUGCUUCCAGCUAUCUCUGCCACUACCCAGGGUUAAAUCAACGGGUUCGGAGAGUCGAGUUAUUGGUGCUUUGGCUUAUGGAACAGGAAAUGAGGUCAUGAACUGGACACAAUCGGCAUUAGAGGUCGUAGAAGUUUGCCGGCCCUGUGUGAAGUGGAAUUGCGAGGGAAGAUUGUACGCCAUGGAUUGUUAUUUGAAGCUUUUAGUGCGUCUGUGCCACAUUUACGAAACUCGUGCAGGUGUCAAAAAAUCAAAAGAUGGUGCUUCCCCCGAGCAGAUUCUUGCAGAAACGAGAUUACAGGCUCUGCAAAGGCAGCUGGUCAAGGACCUUUCCGAGGUUUCAACCGUGAGGUUGCGAGCGCGUAUAAUCUGGGCCUUGGCGGAACAUUUUGAUCUAGAGGGCUUGGAUCCACUUCUGGCCGAUGAUCCUGAUGACCCCUUGAACAUAAUGGUAGAGCACAUCCACACUGUCCUAUUCAACGUGGACAAUGCCACUGUGGCUGCAACAAACAGGCUUCAGGACGUCCAGGCGAUCCUUGUAUGCUCGCAACAUCUGGGUUCUCGAAACGUGAGAGCUGCACAACUGCUGACAAAGGAGUUAGAGGAGUUUAGAUCUAGCAACCUGGCAGACUCUGUUAACAAACAUCAGUGCCGUCUCAUUCUUCAAGUGUUUAAGCACAUCACCAAACAUACCGAUGCAAAAUGGGUAGGAGUUGGCGCACCAACAGGGGAUUACCCUUUUACGCAUCACAAGUUGUCAGUGGAGUAUUUCGAUGGCUCUGCUGCUCAAGAUAGAAAGUUGGAAGAUUUAGUUCACACGGCAGUUCAAGAGCUCUGGAGGCCCGCACCUAGUGAAUUAGCCCUACUGACCAACAAGAACGUCGAUGUUACGCUCCUCAGGCCCCCACCAAAUUGUGUGUGCCUGUCCGGUAGCAGUGAUCCUUGCUAUGUGGAAGCAUAUCACCUAACGGACCCAAGUGAAAGAAGAUUAACACUUCAUUUGAAGGUAAUCAACAUGACUGAACAAGAGCUGAAGCGAGUAGACGUCCGUGUGGGUUUGGUCGGGGCAUUACAUUUCAUGGAUGCCCAACCUCAGGCAGUUCGUCAACUCCAAAAUCUAAUUUCGCAGGUCUCAAUAAUGUCGAGUGUCACUGUCGGUGUAUCACGGUUCGAGAGAUGUGGCCUUGGUGUGCAACUUUUGUACUAUCCCCAAUACGGUGUCCAGGUGUCCGCGAAUGGUGACGAUGGUGAGGGUAUGGAAGAAGACGAAAAGGCUAUGCAUAUGGGUAGGCAUCGGAAGAGCUUUGUUCCGGAAUAUGGCGAGCCAGUUGUUCUUCGAUGUCAAACGUACUGGGUUCCUCUUAUCGAGCUCCUAGUCCCUCACAAAUGCUCCCCUGUCGAAUUCUUCCGUAUAUGGCCAAGUCUUCCUGCCAUCAUGGAGUAUACUGGGGCCUACACGUACGAGGUUGGUGAAUUGAAAUUGGGAGCAACUAGCGAGGGAGGUAUUCCUUCGUUUUUGACGGGUUUGAAGUCACUCGCCAAUAAGCCCUUCCACCGUGUCUGUGCACAUAUACUCCAGACUGUUGCUGGAUUUCAGCUGUGCUAUGCCGCGAAAUCUUGGUACGGCGAUUUCCUGGGAAUGGUAAUCUUUGGUGCCAGUGAAGUGAGCGGUGAUUUGGGAGAAGAGACGAACACUGUGAUUUGUAAGUUUGUUCUAAGAGCAUCCUCUUCUUCUCUCUUGGAAGAAAUUCGUGGUUCAUUGCAAGAUUGGUUGGACAACUUAACCGAUGGCUCAGUCCGAGUGGUUUCCGAUGAGGAAAUGGAAGCUGCAUCCUUGAGUAAAGUGAAAAGGGCUUUGGAGUUACUGACAAUGCCGAAGAUUGUUGUCACUCCCCCGCCACCUGAGCCAGAUAGUGAUGACGAUGAGUUGGUCCCUGGCAUGAAACCUCCGAAAGAACCUUCAACAUUGUCAAUCAAUUUGACCGCAGACGAGAUUGAGCAGAAGGCAUUGCAAUCAGCUGUGUUGCAGCAGUGGGAAACAUUCCGUGCUCAAUACAGCGUGCCAUAAAAGACCUUCAAGAGGAGUACGUUAAUGAUAAGGGAUGAUCACCUGGUUUUCAUCCUUCCUGACCUCCCUAUGGUUGUAUGGAGAUACAAUUGAGGUGUUGUCUCUGUCUCUACAAAAGUUGGUGAGGCUACCACCAAAACGUGCAAUAGAUUUAACCAUGAAGAGUCGGGGACUUCAGCCGUACAACCGUACACCGGUAUUAUCUCCUGGAUCUAGAUCUCAACGACCAUAUAUCAGGUGGCCCUGCCAUCCACAUGGGUUGCAGGUUACACCACAUGUCCUAUAUCAUUCUUUAAAAAGCUCAUUUUUUACUCCCAAAGCAUUCCGAAUGCAGUGUGGAGGUCACAAAGUGUUUGAAGUAGCUGGAAGUUGCCUGCUCCAGCCUUUCAAGGUUGUAUAGACGUGGGUUUACUGUAAAGAACUGAAAAGGCAUUGACCAGACUUGCAGCCUCUUUGUGGCAGUGUAGAUUGUUGCGCGGUGAAUUAUUCAAGUUUCAUCCGACAAUCCUACAGCCUCUGAGAGUCGAGUCGAAGUGGCUUUUGUCUGGUUUGGAUUGACCUGCGAAGGAGAUGAUUGUCAAGUUUCCAUUCGGCGCUUAAGUCAACAGAUUCUAGAAACAAGUUAGUGUAAAAAACACGAAGUGUAAUAUUUAGAAUGCAUAAUUUGUAGAAUGCUUAUUUCUUCAUCACCUG